AUGAGUGGAGAAACAGCCCUUAACGCGACAUAUAGCACCUUCGAGGAUCCGCAGAAUGAUCGUGUGACCGAGAAUGAAAUUGACAAGAAAGACCAGACACUUUACGAGCAGUCGUCUGUGAGCUCGGACUGGGAGAGCUUGGCGUCGAGCCAAAACCCGUUUUUGGACCCACAGGUAGAAAAGCACUACCGGGAAAUGUACGAGCACUGCGAAUACGAGUGCCGUGGUAGUUUUGACCCGGACCUGAAGUGGUCUCGGCGCGAGGAGGCCCGGUUACUGCGUAAAAUUGACUGGCGUGUAGCCAUACCUGCGUGCUUCAUGUUUGCAGCAUUGCAGAUUGACCGCGGAAAUGUCCAGCAAGCCGUAGCGGACAAUAUGUUAGAAGACUUGAACAUGAGUACCAACGACUACAAUACAGGUAUGCAGAUUUUCUACGCGGCAUUCACAGUCGCAGAAGUACCAUCGCAGCUGCUAUCCAAGAGGAUCGGACCCGACAUUUUCAUUCCCAUCCAAAUGGUAGCAUGGAGUAUUGUGUCUAUGGCUCAAUCGGCCAUCACCAACAAAGGCGGGUUUUUCGCCUCCCGUGCUUUCCUGGGUCUGUUGGAAGGAGGAUUUAUCGCGGAUUUGGUGCUGUGGCUGAGCUAUUUCUAUACAUCGCGGGAACUGACGAUCCGCCUGUCAUGGUUUUGGACUACCCUGUCGCUGGUGCAGAUUGUGACAGCGUUACUGGCAUUUGUGAUCCUGAGAAUGCGCGGGGUAGGCGGCCUUACGGGAUGGCAAUGGCUUUUGCUCAUCGAGGGUGCCAUUACGUUUCUCAUAGGGCUUUCGGCAUUUUACAUGAUGGUUCCUUCUGCAGUCCAGACCAGAAACUGGCUGCACCCCAAAGGCUGGUUUUCGGAGCGCGAGGAGAGGAUUGUGGUCAACCGCGUUCUGAGAGACGACCCCUCCAAGGGUGACAUGAACAAUCGCCAGGCUCUGACGCUGUCAAAGCUGUGGACUGCAAUCUCCGACUACGACCUGUGGCCAAUAUACGCCAUUGGCAUCUUGGCCUACAUCCCUGUGGGCACGCUAACUCCGUACCUGACUUUGAAUCUGAAGCAGCUCGGGUUUUCCACUUUCAACGUCCAGCUGCUGUCCAUUCCUUAUAACGUGCUGCACAUCAUCUUACUGUUGGCCAUCACUUGGUUCAGCGAGAGGAUACAAGAGAGAUCGCUGGUCGCCCUGAUGGCUCCCGUUUACUCCACCUUCUUGUUAGGCUUUAUCAGGUGGUGGUCUGGGUCCAUGAUCCAAGCAUGGCCCACUUAUGUGAUCACCACGCUGUUCUUGGGGCAGCCUUAUAUUCACGCCAUCUGUGUGUCUUGGGCCUCCAGGAACUCCAGCUCCAUUAAGACUCGCAGUGUUUCUUCUGCUAUAUACAAUAUGUUCGUGCAACUGGGCAGCAUAGCUGCCAACCAGAUCUACCGGGCCGACGACAAACCCUUGUACCAUCGCGGUAACGAACAGCUCUUCUGGAUUUCGCUGGCCUUAAUCCCUCUUCUUUUAUUCACAAAGGGCUACUACAUCUUCCGCAACAGACAAAAGGCGCGCGCAUGGGACGCCUUUACUGACGAGGAAAAGAGAAUCUACCUACUAAAACCAACACAAGAAGGUAACAAAAGAUUGGACUUCAGAUUUGCCCACUGA